AUGUUUGCCAAUAAAGUUUGGAACGGGGUGGCCUUGCAGUUUGUGAGCAUGGUGAUGGCUCAGAUCUUGACGGUCAGCCACGUAUUAGGUGUGGGUAAUAUACUUCUACCGUACGCCCUCGAUGAAAAGGUCUUAAAGAUGUUGCUUCCGAACAACAGAAACAUAUGGAUUGGCUUGGUGAUCUACUCCGGAGCUAUCUCCUUCAUUAUUUUCCUUGCUUCCGCGAUGGCGGUUUGCUCGGUCUUGCUGAUUACCAGCUUGUUUAAGAGGAAUCACCAGCUCGUCAAGGCCUACUUACUAUUUUCUACUUUUAUGUUGGUGACGUCCAUCUACUUUUACUUCCUGUAUGAAUCCAUGCUCAUCACGGACUCAAUUAUCAAUCUUCAACGUGUGCUCAGUAUUUUGAUCAACGUCCUUUACCUAAUCGUCAUGAAGAGCUACGAUUCUGAGAAUGUAUGUACUACCUGCUCAAUUAAAAACCGCGAAUAU